UAAACUCACGUCUGAGUAGAUAUGGCGGAGCUGCUGAAAAUAAAAAGUGAAGCUGAAGAGUUAAGAAAGGAAUACUUCUUCAGAAACAACCAAGCUGAGGAGAACAGACAGAAGGAAAACCAAGCUGCCACCCGGAUUCAAUGCUGGUUCAGAGCCUGCAAGGUGCAGGCUUACCUCAGGCAUCUGCACGAGAAGGCAAUCAUUAUACAGAAGAUAUGGCGGGGCUUCACAGCAAGGGCACGUUUCAGACAAAUGGUGAAGGCGGCAUAUUUUAUCAUGAAGAUGAAUUUCUACAACGAGAUGGCGGUCAGGAUCCAGCGAAGAUGGAGAGGAUUCUUUGUGAGGAAGUCUAUCCAUAACUUCUAUGCACGCAAGAGCUAUCUGGAAGGACUUUCCAUAAAAAAUGAACUUGUCAGGAGGGAGUUGGAUGAACUUGAGGAACUUCAGAAGAGAGAGAGAGACUGUCUGGAUAUGAUAAAAGAGCAGACAGUCAAGCUUUACCAAGCUCACAGGUUACACCACCUCCUCAGUACAAAGCAGUGCCCAGGGGUCUUCAACUCUCCAUUCAGGCCAACCCCCCAUGAGACAGAGCUGCUGCUGAGGCAGGUCAAGUACCAGGCCCCUACCAGACUGGCCCCCAGGGGCAGGGCUUGUCUCUUGGGCAUGCCUGACUCAGCCCCGAGUUUCCCUGGGAGUCUUGGAUCCCCAUGGAUCAAAACCACUAGAACCUGCCGCUCCUCCAAGCCCAUAUUGCCCCCCAUUGUCAGCAAGAAACAGCAGGGUCUGUUCAGAGAGCCAGGCGAAGUGUGGGAGCAGCGUGUACGUUGUCCUGACCUGACAUUGCAUCUGCAGAACUCUUACACACACCUGGAGGAGACCCAGAAUCAGCUACAACAGCACAAAGGAACAGGAAGUGUGUUCCACCAUGUGAGCCACAGCAGCAAUUCCUUUACACAGCUAGCCUAGGUCAAGAGCUUCAGACAGUAGAUUCCACACUGACUCCAAAGGAGCCGUUCAAGACAGCAUUCACCACCUACGUUUUUGAUAAGUUCACUUGUCUGUACUCCAAGGCAGUCAGCAUUGUGUGAUACACCUCCCCCUGGCCUGCGAAAAUGAAGAGAAGUACAAAUAAAGAAAGGUUUUCCUUAUUAUUUUGUAUUUAUUACAGUGCCUGAUGUGUUCAUGUGCACCUCAUGUAGCCUUUUUGUUAAAGAAAACAAACUUCACAGUGUUCUGCUGCCUAUUAUGUUAAUUUUAUUGUCCAGAAUGUGUGUGUUAGUCACUGAGUGGGAAUAUGCGACUCAAGCAGAUCUAACCUGGUUUCUGAGAUAUAGCAUGUGUGCCUGCAAGUAGUGAUAGUGCCAGCAAAGGAGAAAUUCUCUCAUACUAUUAUACCACUAUACCAACAGGCCUGCACAGUUAAGAAUGUAUUUCUGGGGCCACUGCAUACUGCAUAUUAACAUACACAUAUCACCAUAUCACAAUGCACAGCAUAGAAUCAGAAAUUGAAUUGCUGACAGCUUGUUGUGUCGUAGGUCACAGGUCAACACAAAGCAGUGCUGGUACUCAGAGGACACAUUUGAUGAUUUCACAGCUGUUAACUGUUGUUUGUCAAUGCAGUCACCAAAAUAGUUUAUAAACAUUUUUAAUUGCUUUAAUGAGGGGGUCUAGUAUUUUAAUGAUAGAAUAUGGGAUGCUAUUGGUUAUUGAUGCUAGAUCACGCCAUAGCUGAAAAUGAUGAUACUGUCUAUGUUACGAUUUUAUGAUGAAUCUGUUAUUAGUAAUGUACUGUUGAACUGUAGAAUAGCUACCCCGUGCUAGAUUAUAAGGAUGGCUUGGUGGGGGUCAUUUAUGACCAUAAUUAACUUUAAAAAAUGGGAUUUAGCAACAGCUUAACUGUCUAAUUACAUUGGGUAAUAUAAUA